AGAAACUAACUUGUAGAACAUAUCAAAAUAAGAAAAAACGCUAUAAGAGCGUAUGUUAAAAAUCAACCGCGUCACAUUUAGAGUGGCAGACAAAUUUGAUACUUUUCGGGGACAACACCAAUAACCAAAAAUGUUAACUUUGUGGUAUUUCUUCAUUUAUUGACAUUAGGAUAUGUCUGUUCACAUUUUUCACGAGUUACUGGCACGUCAGUAGAUUACAAGAAAGCAUGUGAGGAAAGAAUACUUGGUAUGGCAAAUGGAGCAAUUGCAGAUACACAAAUAUUAUGCAGCACAUAUGAUGAGUCAUUUGACAGUUUUUGCAAGCCUUGUCAAAAUGCAAGAUCAAGGGUGGACAAUAAUGGAGGAAGCUGGUGGUGUAUUCCAUCUACAGUCACUGAGCCCUGGUUUCAAGUCAGCUUUUCCGAACCUGUUAUUGUGUUGAAGGUAUUGAUAGAGUCACAUUCUUCAGAUCAUUUCCCCAGAUCAAUAAAGUUUUUCUCAACCACAGAAGACCCAAUUAACGAAAAUUUCAUUCCUUUUUAUCAUGGCACGCUAUCAGACCAGGAUUCUUGGCUUUUAACUAAAGAAUUGGUUGUAGUAUCACUACAUGAAAUUAGACCAUUGCAGCAUUUCCGACUUGUGAUCGCUGAGCUGAGUAUGUCAACCUACACAACUUUGCGCUUUGAAUUUUUUGGAUGUGCAUACUGGGAAUAUGGCCGUCCAUUGGGCAUGUCUAAUAAGUUCAUUAAAGAUGAACAUCUGUCCUCCUUUUCAAUCGAAACACGCGCACAAAAUCCUUUAAACUCUCGUCUUAAUAUGGCUGGACGAGGCUGGUUUCCUAAUACCUAUUCACGUCCUCAGCUUUCGGCUGUUGCAGGAACAAAUGUGUUUUUACAGAUUAAAUUUCCUUAUGAACAAAAAGUGCUGUACAUUGUUGUGACAAAUGACAUGGAAGGUGGUAAUACCCUUCUUAGCAAUUUAUAUGGUAUAAAAUAUGGCAAAGAUGAAAGUAACUUGUUCUGGUACCAAAAUAAAGAUGGAAGCAGAAUGAUAAUUUUUCCUCCCAAAUAUGAUAUUCCAAAUGUAAAACUGCAUCAUGUCUUCUGGUACCCUCUUGUGGGAAAGGUAUUUCAGUAUGUUCCAUUCUGUGGAAUAAAUAAUCAUUAUGGUGGAUGCAAUACUGUGCAACUGGAGCUUUAUGGAGUGUCAAAACAAACUGCUGAUCACGAAUGGAAGUUGCAAGAUCUCUCAUCUACAUAUGAUGAUGUUGGUUACAGAGACCUGAAGCGAAGUUCUAAUAGAUUUGCGAUUCAAUUUGGUAAAACAAUAUUGAGUUAUGAUAUAAGUUUCCAGGCGAAGGCACCAAUGACGAGUUUUGGUUUUCCACUCAAUGAUUGCAUUGUUAGUCCAGAGAAUUGUCAUGAUGGAUUAUCGGUAGCAUUUUGGGCAAAAUUUUCGAAGAUAGUAAAUUAUAAGAAAACGAUUUUUGAAGUUGACCCAGCUUUAAUGUUUCAACUCAAUGGAAUAUGCUCGUCAGCAGCCAAUGUAUCCUUUAAUAUGAACUUACCAGCGGUUAUGUAUAUCAAAAACUUUGACGUGGCUAGGUACUCCAGACUAAAAGAUUGUACUAUAUACAUUGGAAAAAGCAUAAUGACUUCAGUUACAGUUUUUGUUUACAUUAAUAUGCCAGAAGCAUUUGUCUCAUCAUGUCAGUAUGAAACAACGCAUAUUCAGCCAAUUGUUACCUUUACUGCAAUAGUUAAUUAUGACAGAUUUAUUAUAAUACCAGAUCAAGCAAUUAAUGUUAUUGUGAACUCCCCAGUUUGGUCAUAUGGCAUGUCACUUUCAUUUGUUAUAAAAGCACCGCCUUAUAUAAAGAAUGAAGAAAGAAAGAAAGGCACUGAAGGAAAAUUAACUAUACUUGAACAUUCAGCUUGUGAUUCCUUCAGAGAUGGCAUUGUCUCAAAUUUACCCCCAGAAAGUUUUACCCAAAAAGACAACUGUACCACAUUCUGUGCUUCUGAUGCACGAUUUGGGCAAGUUGGAUGGAUAAAUAAUUUAGAAGAUGAUUACCUUAUCAUUGAUUUGUUGCAAUCAUAUGAAAUCACAAUGCUUAAAGUUGCAGCAUCAAAGAAGGAUACCAGACAAAAUUUCUUUUGUUCUUUUUCAUUAUUCUACCGUAAUGGCGAUCAAAAAAUAUUCCGAAAAGUUGAAAAUUCAUUUGUUAGAACCAAAGGAAGUCAAAAUGCAAUCGAACAUUUGGCACUGCCCCAUACAGUUGUAGCACACACAAUAAAGAUAAUGAUGAAACAAAAUUGUAAAGUUAAAACAGGCUUGCGUGUGGACAUUAUAACAUGUGAAAGGUUUCCAGUUUCUCUGGAGGAUUCAUGGCUGAAAUUGAAUAGUGAGCCUAUUUGUUUUGGUGGUAGUUCAGGAGUAUUUUCCACGCAAACAUUUUAUCAAAUAACUGCAUUUAAACUGGUACAUAAAAGUGGACAAAUAAGAUGCUCACUAGCUGCACCAUAUAGCAAUUUUGGAUGUAACAGUUACCCUAAUGAAAUAACCACUUAUAUCACAACAGAAAAUAAUACUAUUUUGGGACCACUGCUGCCAUUUAACAAUGAAUUUCUCACUAGCAGUAAGGCCUUUACCCUAACUGGCUACAGUAAAAAUUCAUCAGAAAUCAUUAUGCAGAGUAAACCAACAUACUUUCAAGAAAAUGAGAAUAUACACAUAUGGAACAGUGAAGAUCUUUACUCAUCCGGAAAUGCUGAUAAUGAUGGUCAAGUUUGUGUUGAUGUGCUUGGAUGGGGAAAGAAAAUGCCAGGUAUAUACAUUGUUGAAAAAUGUUCAUCGAAAUUUUGCUCAUGUCUAUCAAUUAUUUCUGAAGAGCUGAAGUUUGAUAGAUCCUGUAAAGACAUGUUUUACUUCACAACAAGGGGCUAUUUAGUGCAUGUGAAUACUGGACAUUGUUUAACAUGGUCUGUGGAUAAGUUUGUUCUUAAUCAGUUUUGCACAGAAUCAUUUUCAGUUCACAUAAAUGGAAUAAUUAAACAUCAAAAUAACAAAUGUUUGUAUCCUGAGGGAGGACGUCCAAUACAUGGCAAGAGUGUUGACCUGAUUGAUAAUGAAGCGUCUUGUUCCGAGUUUAAUUUUACAUAUGAUGUUCCCAGAAAUGAAUCUGUUUACAACAUCGAAUUUGCAAAACAAAAAUAUCAUUUUGCCACAGAGUCAAUGAAAUUUGCAGAUGCUGCAUCAUACUGUCAGAAGCUUGGAUAUAAUUUACCUGUUUUUCACAAUAGACUUGAAACUUUAUUGAUGACAUCUUUAAUACGUAGUGUGGAUGAGUUGCAGGUGCCUCAUAAUUUUUGGCUUGGGAUUCGUGACUUUGUUACCCUAGAUGGUUCACCUUAUGACUAUGUAUAUAAAGUCUCCGAAACAAGUGGUUGUUGGUCAGCCAACCAUAAUGGUGUCAUAGAUGUUAGAAACUGUGAUACAGGUGGACCUAUUGGUGUCGUUUGUGAAGUUCCCAAAAGAGCAUAUCCAGAAUUUGCUUUUAUAUCCAGUGGCUUGCAUAAGACACAAUAUGCAACAAUUGGAAAAGGUUUUCAGUUUUCCAUAUCCUACGGUGAAAAACUAAAACUAAUUGCUUCACUACAAACCAAUAAACAAACCUAUAUGGGAUAUAUUGAAGCUGACUAUGAAGUAUGGAACUUGUUCACAUUAACAUUGAAUGUUCGAUCUAAGGAAAUGAUGUUGUAUAAAGAUACCACUUUGGUUGCCACUGUGGCAGCUCUAACUGAUGCAAUUAAGAACUAUGCUAGUGAUGUUCCUUUUGAAACAAACUUUCUCUGUAUUGGUUCACCAUAUUAUCGGUACUUUGUAUCUUAUUACAAUUUAAAAAUGCAUGGAUUGAAAAUAUGGAGACAUUCAUUAUCUAAACACGAUAUUGAAGAAGUGUUUUUCAAUGCCACAAUAACAUUCUCUGAACAACAUGAUCAACAUGUAGAAAACAAAGGUUGGAAAUUGUUUACCGGAUGUUCUGAUCAUGACAAAAUGACUGGACCAUGCUAUGACGUGAGCACACACUUGCACUAUAAAGAUGUCAAGGUUACUUAUGACUGCGACUGGUUGCCGGGUAAUGGAGUUGGUGGAACCAAAGUCCUUUUUCCCAAUAUUGUAAAGAGAUCAGAUUGUGCAAGAACUUGUAAGCAUCAGUUUGAGUUGGAUGGCACUGUUAAUGGAGCAACAUAUAAAAAGGAUACCAAGGAAUGUUACUGCUUUGUAGAUAUGGAGAGUAUAUCGACUACUGCUGUGGACAAGGAAACAUAUGAUUCAUGCUUUCCCCCUGUUACAUACAAAUUUGGUAAAGUUGCCACUGAAGCCUGUGUCAAAAUUGAAAAACAUCCAGUAAAUAAAUGGUGGUAUUGUAUAGGACACAGUGGGGAAUUGUAUAGUAAGCCACCCCAGCCUCUGAGUGCUUGGAAACCUGAUACAUCUCAAACUGGGAACCUUAAGGCAAUCAAAUUUGACAGCAAUGGAAGCAUUUGGACAUUAAGAACUGAUGGAGACGUGCAUUUUCAUGGAGAUGGAACUCCUGUAAAGCAUGAUGAAAAUUGUAAUCAGUUUGCUGUGACAGUUACCCACAUUUUUUGUGUUAAAAGCAAUACACUGAGUGGAAAAGAAAAAAUUGCAAGUGAAAAUAUGAAAACACUUGCUGCUGAUAUUGAUAUUAUUUGUGCUUCGGAUGAUUCUGAUGCUGUUUUUGCUCAUUCAACAACUGAUAACACCAUUAAAAAAGUACCAAUCAAUGAUAGUAUACUAACUAUAACAUCUCCGCUUCCAUCCAAUUGUUUGAAAGCUUUGGAAGCAUUCGAAACACAAAUUGUAAUAUCUACAUGUGAUGGGAUUUGGGUGUGGCGCCAAUUUGAAGAAUGGCAAAACAUUACUAGUGAAUCAUCUUUGGAUCAUGCUUUUGUGGAUGAUAAUCACAUUUUAUUCAUAAAAAGUGAUGAUAACAGCAUUUUUCACACUCGACUUCAGCAAACAUACUCAUCGAAAUACCAACUAUCACCACUUCAACGUAAUUUUGAUGACUCUAGAAAAGAAUGUCAAGUUAUGCAGGCUGAUCUUGUUUCAAACAUUGAUAGAGGCAUGUUAAAUCAUAUCAUGAGAUUGGCUUACCCUAAUCCUUUCUUCACUUACAUUGGACUCUCAUCUGUUGAUGGUAAUAAUUUUGUGUGGUCCAAUGGUAGUUCUGCUACAUUUGGAUGGUAUUCUGGUGAACCAAACGGAGCGAGUGAAAUGUGUGGAGGUAUUUAUUGCAAAGGAGGCCUAGUUGAUGUUGAUUGCUCAAGUCUUUCACAAUACAUGUGUGAUGUUCCAGAAACACUUUUAAUUGCCACAUCAACCCCAGUGCACUCAACAAUUUAUCAUUCUCCUGGUGUCUGCCUUUAUGACUCUAACAGUACUGGCUUUCCAAGAGUACAAGCUGAUAAAAGUUCAGUUGGUAUUUUCCAGUUCCAACUGAAUAUUACGCAGCAUUCUGUUAUUAAAAAUGCAUUCUUGAAGUUUUUACCAAUUGAAAAUAAUGGUGAUCAUUACGCAUUAAAAAUAGAUCUUAAUCAAAACAGCAAAUUCGGCUCGUCAAAGUGCUUCCCAUUUUCCAAUGAAAAUGACUAUGAAUUUGUUGAACCCUUGUAUCGUAAUGUUAGUAAUUUUGAGCAAGGAGUCAGUUAUCCUGUUGAUGUAACAGCACAUAUAGAAUUUGUUACUCAAAAAUCUACAUGGAGAGAAGGACACAUUGUCACAUUUCAUAUUCAAAUGGAAACAAAUGACGGCAUUGUUAGAAAUGCUAGAAUAAAUGCUAGAGAGACACAACUGGCUGUAUACUAUGAAACACGUGAUUUUAAUCCAUACAUCUUUUUCCCCUCUAAAUAUUCACCUGUUAUUUCUCCAAUGAUAUAUUCUUCACCUAUAUUUCGACCAAAUAUGAAAGCUUUAUCGUUUUGGAUUUACAUGUUUGGACCUGAUGUUGGAACAUUGUUUGUGUGGCAACAUCAAACCAUAUUAGAUAAGCUCAUUUAUCGUUUUAAAGGUUCACAAGGUAAUUAUUGGAGACAAGUGUGGAUUUCUAUUGAAGGACUGGGAGAGUUUUUUCAGAUUACAUUCACAACAUUUAAUAACCUUGGCAGCAAAGGUCAUAUUGCAAUUGAUCAUAUUCAAGGGUUCGUGAACAACGCUUCCGUGCAAAUUAAUAACGAAUAUACCCCUGAAUUUGACACGUUAGAUACUGUUGCUUACAAAGAGAGAUUAAAAGCUUUAAAUUUUUCACAACCAAUAAUUUUGUAUCCAUUUAACUCAUUUAAAGAUUUUGGACUUUUAGGGUUAGAUCUGACUGCCCAACAUAUCCAAACGGUUUUUCUUUCGGAUAAAUAUUUUUUUUUAAGACAUUCAUUAUAUAGUAAUAUUGAUCACCUUUCUGAUAGCAAUGCUAUCAUAAAUUCACCCAACUUUACUGAUACAUAUAACUUCAAACAUCGAUUUUCAAUUUUAUUGCAUUUGGUUGCCGAAAAUAAAAUGACUUCUGAACGAACAAUUUUCAAAUUGGGAGCUGAAGGAAGUCAAAAUAAAUUAAAAUUCUCCUUGGUUGGCAACUUGUUGAAAAUAAGUGUGAUUACUAAUGGCAUAAAGCUUGAACAUUUUGGCGCGACAGAAAUUAUCAUAAAAUCGCCAGUGUACGUUGGUUUAAUUUAUGGAGAUGGUUUUAUGAAGCUUUACUUCAACAAUGAGCUGGAUUUGUUAUUUCCUGUGGCAAGAGAAGCCUUUGAUCCAUUCCCAUCACCAAUAUUUUUUUCUCGAGACGAUGCUGAUGUAGGAAAAAGUCCAAAAGAAACACAAUUUCAUGGCUCAUUAUCCUGUUUUCAAAUGCAUAAUAAAAGUUUAUCUAAACAAGAAAUAAUAAAACUGGAAUUUUGCCCAAACAGACAAGAGGAAUACUACCAUACUAACUUGUCAACGUGCUUGGAUGGUGGUAUCUCCAUACCUUUUUUCAGAGGUUGUAUUUGUCCAGAAAAUAAUAAAAGAUUUAUAUACCCUUCAUGUGGUGGAGCUCUUCAGUUUUCGUCGUACAAGAAUUCAAUAUCCUAUGUAUCUUUUGAUAUUCAAGACCAGCACAUUGGCGAAAAGGAAAGGUUUAGCCUGACCACAGGUGCAAUGUCUGUUGCAAGUCCUAUCAACAAUGGUAUUUGUGUUGCGAAUGAAACAUUCUUAGUGGGAUCUCUCACUCAUGGCUGUGUAUCAGCCAUGACAGGAUGUCAAAAUGGAUACACAUUGGGAAUGUGGUUAUUAAUUUCGAUGCAAACAACAGAAAGCGAAUAUACUGAAAUAAAUAUAGUCCAAUUUAAUAAUAUAAAAGUUAGUGUAAUGCGCCAAUCUAAUUAUUCCAUGGCAUUGCAUGUUGUGAUUAAAAAUUGUCGCAAUUCUAUUGAGAAUAUUGGAAUUCGAAAUUGGAACUAUUUCUUGAUUAAAUUUUCAAGUAAUUGGCAAGAAAUCACUUUGUAUGUAAAUGGAAAAGAAGAGAAUACAAUAAGCUGUUCAACACCUGGAAGUAUGGAGGUCGAGAGUAAGCUGUACUUGCGUGGUACUAGUAAAGUGUGCAUUGAUGAAUUUUCUGUGACACCAAAUCAAGAUGGUGUGGAUUUAAAUCAAUUGUUGUAUCAUAACAUACUUAGAGGAGCCAUUGAAAGUGAACAGGAGAUUUUAAGGAAAUAUGUUGAAAUUCGAUUAUUGGUUGAACCAACAAACAUUCCUGACGACGAAGCAUAUAAGAUGGCGUAUACCGACAUCACUACUAGUGAAGCAAAGUUUCUCAAAAGAAGAUUCAUCGCAAUGUUGAACGAUACAUUUUCAAAGUUAACUGAUCAUUUUGUUGGAGCUGAAAUUCAAGAAUUCCAAUCUUCAGGAAAAACAACCCCAAGUUUGUUUUUUUCAUAUUUUGGAUUGGAAAACGAAGCUUAUUUUUCUGAAGAAGCAUUAAGAGAAGUGACUUUUUUUUAUUCUUUCAAAAUUCACACAAAUACUUGGAUGCCAGUUGUCGGAGUCGCAACUAAAGUGGAUUUCGAAGUGCUCUCUCCUUCGGCGAACAAUACUUUCAUUAAAAUUAAAAAUCGACUUCCUCAACAAGAAAGCAACCAUCUUGGAUAUCGUAUAAAGCUCAAAAAACUAAAAUAUCUGUCUGAGAAUGAAACCGAAGAAGUGCUAACAUAUUUCACUGGAGAAUACGAACUUUAUUUAAAUGUUUCCACAUACCGUCGUUACGAAGUAACCUUGUGGCCGUUAACACAUUGGGGAUAUGGGAAACGAAGUGUUUCCACUUUUUUAUCAUCACCCGAUAAAAAUAAAGUUGCACCAUACAAUAUAACUGGCGUUCCUUGGAAUGAAAGUUCAAUCAAAGUUGAUUGGGAAUUUGCCAUAUCCCAUUGGACCGGCCCUUCACUUUUGUUUUAUGUGUUUUGGAAGGAAGUAACAGAUGAUUUUACAGACUAUACAACGUAUCAAAAUUCAACUGUUUUUAACCAGUCUGUUAUCUUAACAAAUGACCGUUACUUUCAUAUAGAAUCUCCUGAUAUUAAUGGAUCGUUCUCCUUUUUCAUAACUGGUUUAAAACCGUUUACCAAUUACAGUGUUGUCAUUCAGACAUACAACCCUAUUGGUUUUGGAAAAGCCUCAGAUGUCUUCUUUUUUAGAAGUGGUGAAUGGUACCCAGAAAUUGCACCAACAAUAAAAGACAUAUCUUUGAUAACUGCAAAAUUGAUCAACAUUACAUGGAUACCUAUAUACGAUAUCGAAAAAAUUAACUCGUGGAAUUUUACAGGCUAUCUGAUCAGUAUUUUGCCAAUUUAUCCUCAGGCUUUGUUCACAGCAGCAAAUCAUUCAAUUGCUUCUAAUGAAACUAGUGUCCAAAUUGAACUGGAAGCGUUUGAGUUUUAUAAAGUUAAGAUGAAUAUUUUUAACCAGAUUGGAAACGGUCCUGAUGUAGAGAGAUGUUUUGCAACAGGAGAGGAAGUGCCAAAAAUGGCUCCAGAUGUGUUGAACGUCGUCAAUAUCACUGCGACGUCAGUAAUUCUUGAGAUUGGUGGUAUCAAAAACACUAGAAAGGAAGAUGGAGUUAUCACACAUUAUGUGGUUCGAUUUGAUGCAGAAAAUUGGGCUGAUGAAGUUAAGGAACGAUUCACACCUCUGCUAAACCAUUCGCUAAGUAAUCUAACUUAUUGGGAAAUGAUGAAAAACGUUUCAAUAAAUUGCUCCCUUAUCACAUCACCACAACCCUCUUCGGCUGCCUUAGUUAACUACACGAUUAAAAAUUUAGAUUCAUUUGUAUAUUACAAAUUUCGAGUUUCUGCAUGCACUCAAGUGAACUGCAGUUCCAAACAUGAAAAAACAAUAUCAAUUCGAACUUUGCCAAGUCUUCCAACCUGCUUUCCCAAUUUCACAAGCUUUGAAAACACCAGUUCCACUUCCCUAGUCUUGAAAUGGGAAAAUUUAUUCGACGUAUGCGUAAAGGGAUAUUUACAAAAUUUCUAUGUGGUAUUUCUCGAAACUUCGUUUUAUAUUCAUGCGACGCAAAACAAAACAUUGGAUGAAGUAGACCUACCAUCCAGCAGUAUCUUAAUUACCCUAUCAAAUUCAUUUGAAUAUAAGCACUUGAAGAAAUACUGGAACUAUUCAGCAGUUAUUUAUAUUUCAAAUCAAGUUGGGAAAGGUCCUUACUCUUCGUCUAUUUGGGCAAUGACAGCCGAGGAUACACCAGAUGGACCUCCCAGUAAUGUUACUGCAACAGUACUUAAUUCAACUGCUGUAUUGCUGACAAUACAAUUGCCACAUCCAGAUCACGUCAAUGGAAUUAUUACUGGUUAUAACAUAACCGACAAGCUUUCACGCGCAGACAAACACAUAGCCUGGCGUUUUAAUGAAACAAUCACUUAUUACGUUGUGAAUGGCUUGCUUCCCUAUACUGAAUAUAAAUUUGCCGUUAGUGCCUUUACCAAAAUUGGAGCUGGUCCAUCUUCGUUUCCAGUAGAUGUGUUGACUGAUGAAGAAGCACCAUCAUUGCCCCCUGCAAAUUUUACUGCCACGCCCAAAUCGAGCAGUAGUGUCACGGUGACGUGGCAACACGUUCCAACGGCGCACAAGCAUGGCUUCAUUCAUUACUUUCUUCUGUAUGGUAACGGGACCCUUGCAAAUAAAACAGAUCAUAAAUUAAAAGUGCGAAAUAUCAGCCACUACAAAAUUACAGACACGUUUGAAUUCACGCAGGAUGAAUUAUUUCCAGCGACAGUGUACAGUUUCUUUGUUCAAGCUUGCAAUAAUCCUGGAUGCAGUGUCCUGACAGCUGUUAAUGCUUCUACACUAGAAAUGACACCUUCAGGAUCAGUUACAAACUGCACUCAAACUGUAAUUGACGAGAAGAACAAGCUUUCCAUUGAAUGGACGAAUAUUGCUCCCAUGCAGCAGCGAGGAGAAAUAAUAACUUAUAACAUAUCUUAUACGCGCAUGAAUCAUGCGUGGGAAACGUUUGCUGCAUCGACGAGCAGGUUUAUUACUGUUGAUGGUUCCACUCACUCCUUGAUCAUUGAAAAGCUUGAUAACUACACAAACUACGAAAUAGAGAUUUCAGGAUUAACAAAGAUUGGAGAAGGACCUAAAAGUCAAAAAUAUGUAUUCAGGACACCAGAAAAUGUUCCAAGUAAGGCACCUACUGGUUUGCAUGCGAACAAUAUAAGCAGCAGUGGUAUAAAUAUACAAUUCAACAAAAUUGAUGUAUCGUUUCAUGAGGGGAAACUGAAAGGUUAUAAGAUAUUAUAUCAAGAAGUGGAUCUUCUAGAGCAAUGUUUCAAUAGAAGUGGAAAAUCCGAGAACUGUUACAAUGUCACCGAAGUAUUACCAAGCAACGAUGUAGAGUCAGUUAAUAUAACAGACUUAGGUCUAAAUGUCAAUUACAGUGUUUGUGUGCGGGGUUACACUGCUGUUGGAGACGGAGUGUUAAGUCCGUGUGUUUAUGUCGAGACAGGAAUUUAUGUCGAUGGUAAUUGGACGUUAUGGUCUGAAUGGGGUGUGUGUGAUCAAAGCUGUGGAAACGGAACUGAAAAAAGACAUAGAUGGUGUAUGGAACCUUUCCCUAAAUAUGGUGGCGCUGACUGUCCAGGACCAGAUGUGGACUUAAGACCUUGCAAUGACUUCACUUGUCCUGGAUUUUAUCUAGCCCAGCCGAAUGUUGAUUGUGAUGAAACGUGUUCCUUUGUAAAUACCUCUUUGCGAUGUGUUGACCGAAUUUUGACCAAGAACUCCAUAAACAUUUACAAGACUGCAAUGGAAGUGCUCGAUUACACAUCAGAAACUAACAUUACUUGUGACAUCAGCGCUCCAUCGAUGAACUACUCAAAAGAUAUCGAUCCUGUUUAUGACCUGCAGAGUAAUCGAUGUGAGGGCUACGCGAAUGUACCUGACAAGAUACAGUGUUCUGCGUUGGACCAACUGAGUCCACAUAAGAGAAGGCUUUGUUCUUGCCUGGAUAGUGAUUCUAUCAACACGUUGCCAUGGGCGUUGUGGGGCACGUGUUCUGUGACAUGUGGAGGUGGUGUGAAAAAGCGGCAUCGGACCUGUUUGCUUGAGUCUGGAAAAUGCAAUAACACGAUGCAAGAAACAGAUUGCAAUGUGCAGAUCUGUCAAAUUGAUGGCAUGUGGGGUACGUGGGGAAAUUUUAGUGAAUGUGACAAAUCAUGCGGACAUGGCAAACGAAUUCGCACAAGGUCAUGUGACUCACCUUCGCCACGUUAUGGCGGGAAAGAAUGUGCAGGUGGCAUCAGUGUGGAUUAUAUUAAUGGUUGCAAUCCUUAUCCAUGUCCAAUUAACGGUAAGUGGAGUAACUGGUACGAAUUCGAAGAAUGCACUCAACCUUGUGGCUUGGGCGGUGUAAUGUUAAAAAGGCGGUACUGCACCAAUCCUGCUCCUCUUUACAAUGGCGCGCCAUGUCCUGGCAAUCGGAUUGAAAUGAUAAAAUGCAAUGAAAAUAUCACUUGUGCGAAGUCCACAGUUACAUUUGUGGUCAAACUAUUAGAAGAGGUUUGGCAAUAUCGUCUGGUGUAUAGCCACUCACAACGUCAUAUGAAUUUAUCGCGACGUCUUACAGAUGCCAUUCAUGAAGUUAGCAAACCAGAUGUUGUGACUUAUCAGGUUCUUGUUAACGCAUUUUGGAAAGGAAGUGUGAACGCAAACUUCUCGUUGCAUCUUUUUCCUAUUCCAUCAUUGGAGCUGAUAAAAAUUCAACAUGCGAUAGAUUAUGUUGGAAUGAUCAACUCGAUGCCUGUCAAACCGAUCAGCGUUACAAGUGAUUAUGUUCCAUUUGAUCCGCCAUCGUUUUCUGCAGUUUCAAACACACCAUUCACAAUCCAUGUAUCAUGGACAAAGAUACCAGAGAAAAAUUUAAAUGGUAACAUUACUGCAUAUUAUAUUCAUUACCGUGUUGUUUCUGAACACCCACCUGCUUGGCAAAUUAUGGGAUCAGCUAACCUUAGCGUUGUACUACGCGACCUUCGACCUGCAACAACUUAUGGACUGCGUUUAGCUGCAGCCACAAUCGCUGGUAGGGGUAUUGCUACAGAGGAGUUGCAAUUAAAAACAAAGGAAGCUGAGCCCUGGAUCAAACCGCCUAAUUUUAUGCAUCAAGUUCUUGAUGCCAAUACUGUCUACCUUAGCUGGGAUGACAUUCCACAGACGCAAAUUCCCGGAGUCCUGCUUGGUUACAGAAUCACUUAUAGACCUUACUACAGCGAUAUCCCUGUAGUUGACACGAACGCGGCAUCAAUGUUGCUAAGGACAUUACGUAACUUAAGACCAUUCACAUUGUAUUGGGUUGAAAUCUGUGGCUACACUAUUGCAGGAUGUGGGCCGAGCGAUUUGGUCAUUUUUAAGACACCUGCAUCAGCACCUGGUGUCAUUCCACCUGAAGUCACAGUUUACGACCGUUACACGACUGACACGGUUAUGCUGACAUGGAAAGCAAUACCAGAAGAAAAAGAAAAUAGCAACAUGUUAGGUUACAGAAUAACAUAUGAACUGCUGCAAACGGCUGAUGUUGAUGUCGUGGAAGGUUCCGAAAAGAUUUAUACCGUUUCAGUGGAUAAAUUCACUUUUGACUAUACUCUUAAAGGCCUGAAAGCAUAUUCUCUUUACGUGAUCAACAUUUUUGGGUAUUCAGAUGUUGGCAGCGGUCCUUCGAAAACAGUAUACGCCCGAACUUGCAAAUGUCCGAAAGACAUUUUUACUAAUUAUUUUCAACUACAACCUUAUAUGGGAGUUCAUACCAUCACUGAUGUUAUAUCUGGCAUAUUUCCAACUGUUAUAUCCGGCAUAAUCAAAAAAGUCUGCACAGAAUGUAGAACGUAUCGCUAUCCGACUAUCCAUUUUAACAGAUCCUACACUGGUCACGACCCGUCGAAGUUGAACGAGAUUGCUGUUCGUGUCGCCAUCUCGGAAGUUACCCACAUGAGUUUUCCUAUUUAUGGGAAAUUUGAUGUGCCAAAUUUCAUGGGGAAUUAUCCAUAUUUGGGAGUGGCGUUAUCACAAGGGAGUGCUAUGGUUGUUUACUAUGAAGAAGUGAAAGUCGUUGAAUUCAAAGCACUUUUGAUGAAGAUUUUAUCUUCUUGGCCCAUUGUUGUAAUUGGUGUUCUCUUCUCCUGUGUUGUUGGAAUAAUUUAUUGGUUUACCGAGCAAGGUUCGACAGAAAGUGAUAUCCAAUUACAUAAUCCUAUUUUUGGUUUUCUUGGAGGUGUUUGGAUGGCUGUAAUAACCAUGACAACCGUAGGAUAUGGUGACAUUGUUCCUUCUACGAAUCUGUCGAAAGCCAUGGUGCUAGUUUGGGUGUUAACGGGUUUAAUUAUUGUCAACAUUUUCCUGUCAGUUGCCACGUCUAGUAUGGUGGUUAAUAAUCAACAGGAAGACAUCAAAUUGUAUGGAGAAAAGACCGCCGCCAUCUUUCUGUCCAGGGAAUAUAACUUAGCUGUGAUGAGAAAUGCUAUAGUGAAUGAUGCGUACAAGAAUACACUUCAAGUUCUUUCUGCAGUAGCUGAUAAAAGAGUUAAGGUUGGACUCAUUGAUGCAGUGACUGCUGGUAGUUAUAUAGAUAGAAUAACUAACAUGAGUCUAAAAAUCCAUAAGAUUAUUGAUUCUAAUUCUGGCUAUGGCCUGGUUUUAUCUGGAGGGCUAGAAGUUAUUUCUGGUGACUUUGAAAGUUAUUUAACAGCUGCGAAGCCACAAAUUCAAAUGUUGGUGGAUGAAAUUGUUGGCCGUAUUGUGCCGCCUACUCCAAAAACAGACGUUGAAUUGUUGUCGAAAAGUUUUUUCAAAUCUCGUAUUAUAAUGGCAUGCAAGAUGAUGAUUGGUCUGACUGUCUUGGGUAUAAUCGUUUCAAUCAUACGGAAGAUUAGAAAGAGAAAGGUCCACCCUGAAGCACGACCUGAAACUUCUGUUGAUAUUUAUGAACGAAUGCAUGUCCUAGUUCAGAACUUCAAGGAUGCCUUUAUUGAAAAUGUAAAGAAAGCUGAUGCAAGAAACAACACUGAGUUGAUUUUGCUAGCAGACCUUAGAUCGAGAUAUACAAAGUUAUUGAAAAGAUGCGGCUAUAGUGAAAACGAUAUAGCACUGAAGAUGAAAAGAAAAGCUAAAAAGCAUAAAAAACGAAGGAAAAGACUAAUCAACGAAACUGAAGCUUAGUUAACUCUUGCUUGGGUGUUUUUUGUAAAAAAAUAAGAUUUAUCUUGUUUGUAAUAAUUUUCGCGUGUGCAUUUCCGCGUUGUUGCGGUAAAAUCAAAAAUGUGUGUGAAAAAAAUAAAUAUGAGUAAAAAAAUUUUUUUCGAAUUUUCACAAACUCGAAGUCGAGUGUGCCUUUGGAAAUUAAAUGACUUCUCCUUACUCAAAAAUUCAUACCCUGAAAACCAUAAAAAUACGAAGGCCCCUUCGUAUACCUGUGGUUUGUGAUAAGGUAUACUGUACUCUUUUUUUAGGCUUGAUAAUUAUGUAAUUAUAAACUGAAAUUUUUUCAUUUAUUUCUAUUUGAACAAUGUAAACGACAAAUUCUUGUUUUUGACGAGGAUAUGACUGUGAAUAUAUUGAAUACAAUUUUUUUAAUUUUAACGUAGUAGUGUCACAGUUUUGUAACUAUGUCUUCGCAUGUGAUGAGAAUAAAUGUUUGUAUUGUCUCUCGUUGCUCUUGUUAGCUGUGUGAAGAGCGGAUUGAUCAACCUCGUUCCCAGGGCAUUUUGUCUUGUUGCAGAAGUCGAUAGUGGCGAAAAGUUGGUCACUCUGUAAUAACGGCUCACGGGACACAAACCCUGGGGACGAGUUUGUGGAUUGAAUUGUUUUGAUCUUAAGAAGGUAGACUUUUUUUAGUAUCUAGCUGUCACUCUGCGCCGUAAGAAAACUUGCUGGUACCUAAAAAACCUCUACGUCAGGAAAUACCAUUCCCAAUCUACCAAAGAAGGCAGCAGUAGAUGUCCCUAUUCGUGGUUUAUUUAUCAGCGGUCACUUCCGUGUGAUA